AAUAAAAAUUUGAUAAUUUUUAGGUGCCCAGUUGUACAGCAUGUUAUUCUUGAAGCUUAUAAGAAGGGUCUUAAUUUUCAAGUUUGUAUUUUGGAUUCAACUAUUACCAGAAGAGGUAUAACCUUGCUUUAUUUUUUUGACCAAACUCUUUUUAUACUUUGUAAUUUAUAUUAUAAAUUUCAGUGCCAAUUGAUUUUAUUGGGUUGUUCAGCAGUGUUUUCUGAUGGUUCAAUAAUGGCAGAGUUAGGUGCUGGUAUAUUGGCAAUGCAUGGAGCAUUCGAUAAUAUUCCUGUUAUUGUUGUUGCACAAAGCUAUAAAUUUGUUGAUAAGGUUAGAAAAAUAUUAAUACCAGCGGAAAGAAUAACAGCAAUAAUUACGGAAAUACGUUCGUUACCUCCAACUUCAGUGCCUGCAGUGUUAAAAGCUAAGCAGUUAGUAGUUACAUAA